CCAAAAUGUCAGCUUUCUCCGGCAGAAAUACGACGGUGGCGCCAUUACGUCGUGUCAUGGGUGUCGUGUAAUAUUUUUAAGUCAUGUUUACAUACAGUCGACGACUUUUAAACGUCUAACUUCGUGUUGUUGUGACUUGUCAGUGUAAACAUGAAACCGCAUAGUAAAUCCGCGGUUUCAAAGCUUAUUCAAAAACAGUUCUACGACAUUCUCUCGCAUAAAUAUGCAAUAUUACUCUGCUUCGGCGGAGUCGUACUCGUUAUCGUAUCGGCGUUACAGUUUGGCGAGGCCGCAUUAGAAUGGAGCAAGGAUCAGUACGAUGCCGUAUUUCAUUCUUUCAGCGAUAAUCUGGUGGGCCGGUCCCUCCAGAAUAGAUUAUGCCAGCCGGUCCCAAUAGAUGUCGUCUACACGUGGGUGAAUGGUUCUGACCCGCAGAUGAUCGAUGCUUUGAAGAAGGCAAGAUCAGAGUUCGAAGUCGUACUCAACCAGACGCAUCUACACGCAGCCAACGCCACGGUGGGGUGCACCUACGCGAACUGCAUCGAGAGUCACAUGGUCAUCGUGAGUCCGCACAUCGACCCUGAACUCGCGCUCGUUGACCUUCGUGACGAGGUCGCGACCUUGGCGACCGCCUGGAAGAUGUUCGUGCUGCAGACGCCGACGAAGAACGUCACCGUGCUGUCGCUCGCGUCGCACCAAGAAGCUGCGAAGGUGGCCAAGAUAGGCAACGUGACCGUGCGCGGACAGCUGCACACGGUGCGCGAGGCGUACCUCUCCGCCGAUUGGACGGCGCCCCACAGCUACCCCGUCGACAGCGCCAUCUUCGUGACAGGGCUGAAGGUCGAGUACUCGAGCACGGACCUGCGGGAGAAGCUGCCGAGAAAGAUGCAGUCGUACAUAAGCAGGGUAAGAUGCAGUCUCGUACGUAAGCAGGGUGAGAUGCAGUCGUACGUAAGCAGGGAGCUUCGGUACUCGCUGCGAUCACUGCAGACGCACGCCCCCUGGGUACGACACAUCUACAUCGUCACUAACGGACAGAUCCCCUACUGGCUGAACUUGGACAACCCUCGCAUCACCAUAGUUACGCACGAGGAAAUCUACCCGAACGCCAGUCACCUGCCCACGUUCUCAUCGUCGUCGAUAGAGAGCAACAUCCACCGCAUCCCCGGCCUCUCCGCCAAGUUCAUCUACAUGAACGACGACGUCAUGUUCGGCAAGGACGUCUGGCCCGAGGACUUCUACACACACAGCGGCGGCCAGAAGGCAGGUGGCGCCGCCCGGUGGUCGCCAGAGCAAACUUUGUUCGAGUUUCGGGUAGCGCGUUGUGAUGCAAAGGACCCUACUUUAAAAUCGUGA